AUGGUCGAUGAAAGUUUCAAUGAAAUAGAAGAAAUACCACUGGAUCGUGUAGCAGUAGAUGAUAAUGGAUCCAGGGCUAGUGGAAGAAGAUCUGUUGAAAAUGCUACUGAUGAGCAUCGGAAUGUACAGAAUGGAAGUGACCGGGGAAGGUCAUCUGACUCUGAGGGUAGAAUGGUCGAUGAAAGUUUCAAUGAAAUAGAAGAAAUACCACUGGAUCGUGUAGCAGUAGAUGAUAAUGGAUCCAGGGCUAGUGGAAGAAGAUCUGUUGAAAAUGCUACUGAUGAGCAUCGGAAUGUACAGAAUGGAAGUGACCGGGGAAGGUCAUCUGACUCUGAGGGUAGAAUGGUCGAUGAAAGUUUCAAUGAAAUAGAAGAAAUACCACUGGAUCGUGUAGCAGUAGAUGAUAAUGGAUCCAGGGCUAGUGGAAGAAGAUCUGUUGAAAAUGCUACUGAUGAGCAUCGGAAUGUACAGAAUGGAAGUGACCGGGGAAGGUCAUCUGACUCUGAGGGUAGAAUGGUCGAUGAAAGUUUCAAUGAAAUAGAAGAAAUACCACUGGAUCGUGUAGCAGUAGAUGAUAAUGGAUCCAGGGCUAGUGGAAGAAGAUCUGUUGAAAAUGCUACUGAUGAGCAUCGGAAUGUACAGAAUGGAAGUGACCGGGGAAGGUCAUCUGACUCUGAGGGUAGAAUGGUCGAUGAAAGUUUCAAUGAAAUAGAAGAAAUACCACUGGAUCGUGUAGCAGUAGAUGAUAAUGGAUCCAGGGCUAGUGGAAGAAGAUCUGUUGAAAAUGCUACUGAUGAGCAUCGGAAUGUACAGAAUGGAAGUGACCGGGGAAGGUCAUCUGACUCUGAGGGUAGAAUGGUCGAUGAAAGUUUCAAUGAAAUAGAAGAAAUACCACUGGAUCGUGUAGCAGUAGAUGAUAAUGGAUCCAGGGCUAGUGGAAGAAGAUCUGUUGAAAAUGCUACUGAUGAGCAUCGGAAUGUACAGAAUGGAAGUGACCGGGGAAGGUCAUCUGACUCUGAGGGUAGAAUGGUCGAUGAAAGUUUCAAUGAAAUAGAAGAAAUACCAACCUGGAUCGUGUAG